AUGCAGUACCAGCCAGGGACAGGGGCUUUUGGUGCAAGAUCAAGCAGCUACAUCCUUUGGACUGAUAAGAUGUACAAAGUUGAGUUGGAGUCGGAAGAUAAAUCAAUGCUGCCAUCAAAUAGUGGCCACGGGGUCUCACAGAGUCCUGUUGAUAAAUUGAACAUGGAUACUAUUCUUGUUCCUGAAUCCUGA